CCCCCGUUAGGUGUGAGCCCUCGACACCAGCUGUUGUCAAACUCCAUGAGAGAGACAAACAAUUGUAACACUAAAUACUGUUAACUCAUUAUAUCUUAUGAUUGAGUCGAUUGUAAUACUGUUGUAAUGAUUCAUACAUUCAAUGAUUAUAACGCCAAUAGUUAUAACAUCUCUGCCUUCGGUUGCGUUCAAUACGAUUACAAUUAACACAUUAUAAACACAAUAACAACACUUCCCAUACGUAUUGCAGUGUUUCGUCUCUAAACACGUCUCAAUCGGCCACACAAUCAGUGUUUUAAUUGUUUGUUUUUGUAUUGAUUUUGUUGUGGUAUUAAUCCAUACAUUCAUUGAUCCACACAUUCAACCAUUUGUACGCCAAAUGCGUUGAAACAAGUGUUUUAUGAAUGCGUUUACAAAUUAGUAUUGAAUUUAUUGUUUGGUUUUAAAUCAGUUUUUUGUGUGUAUUUAUCGGCCAUUUAGUCGUCAAUAAGUUUCAGUUAUUUUAGUCAUUAAUAAAAUACAAUGCAUUUUGUGAUGAAAUCAUUGGUUUUGUUGUAUUUAUUGAUCAAUUUGUUUGGUCUGCGGUUAACGUUAGCCACCGAUAGUCUGGCCGUCGAUCUCUGUGGCGUCUCUAAUGGCAUGGAUUUCUCCGCUUUCAAGACAUUGUCGUAUAAUUGGACGCUUACUAACAGCAAAAACGAGUCAAUCGAUUAUUACAUAAACCUCUGCAGUCUAUUGAACACAACCAGUGAUAACACAAUUCCUGUCAAUUGCAGUAAUAGCCAUAUUUGUAAACACUUCCGAAACGGUGACAAAUCGGCUGUCGGAUUUGGGUUAACUCGCGUCGAUCUGAAGCCUGUGGAUAACGACACUCACAAACAAGUUUGGGCUCAGUUUGAC